AUGGCACAGAUAAACGCAACCCAACUGCUCGAGAUGCUCGCAUUCCCUUGGCACCCAUUUCAGGCUCUGUUCCUUGAUAAACUUGGACGUGAUAUGAAUGCCAUUAUGGGACUCUUCUUCCUGUUCAUUGUAUCUGGAUACUAUGGGCGGGUUUUCAACUUCAUCGAGAAGCACUUUUGGUCUUCUGUCUCGGUCGACCAGGGUGACGAUUUGUAUGAUCAAGUCAUGUCGUGGAUCUCAGAGCAAAAGCCAGAGAAACACUCGAAGACACUGUCAGUUAGGACGGUUUUGGGAAAAGACUGGAAUCUAGACAUUGGGCCAGAAGAGGAACAUCGGCAUUUACGCAUGCCAGCUAUUCAAGUCACCCCAGCUAUUGGAAGCACCUUCUAUCUCCGUCACAAAGGUCACCGCAUCUCUUUUAGACGCGAUACUAUCGCAGGCAAGGGGGAUGGAAUGAAAGCUGCUGCUGAAAAAGAAGUCAUCACGCUCCGAUGCUUCAGUACGUCUCCUCAGCCAUGCAGAGAUCUAAUUGACCACAUUCGACUUGUUCACUACACUCAGUGUGCUACUAUGACCACGACCACGAUUCGCAAGCCAUCGGAGUUUUACAAUCGACGUCUUUCGACCUGGACCAAUUCUGGACAGAAGGAGUGCAUUAUAAAGGACAUGGAAGACUAUUUGAAUAGUUCGGAUAUGUAUACAGCUUCAGGGGUGCCAUACCGCCGUGGUUAUUUGUUCCAUGGCCCUCCUGGAACGGGCAAAACAUCCUUCGCAAGUGCAUUAGCAGGCCAUCUCAAAGCUGAUAUCCAUAAGGUCAAUUUGAACAGCUCCGAGGUAGAUGAUGAACUGCUUAUAGACCUGGUGGCAAAUCUGCGAAAAGGCUCCAUCUUAUUGAUAGAGGAUAUCGAUUCAGCUGGCCUCACUCGCGACGACACGCCCGACAGCAAUGACAAUUUCAAGUCCAGAAUCACUCUUGCGGGGUUUCUGAACGCCAUCGAUGGUAUUGCAUCAUCCCAAGGGCAUAUCCUUAUUAUGACCACCAACUGUCGCUCCAAACUAGAUGACGCAAUUCUGAGACCCGGCCGCGUGGACAUAGAGGAAUACUUUGGCAAUGCCAGUAAGGAUACUGCUAAAAACAUGUUCAUUCGCAUGUGCUCGUCGCUCACUGCCAAAACGCCUGCCAAUACGCUGCACCCUGCCAAAUCGAUAGAGGAGGUGAGAGAUCUCGCAAUGAAAUUCGCGGAACAUAUCGAUGAUAAGAAAUUUAGCCCUGCUCAGAUUCAAGGAUUUCUCUUACAGAGACGUGACCCUGAGAAGGCUUGCGCAGAUAUUUCAGACUGGGUGAAAGCAGAGAACGCCAAGUUAGAGAAUAUGGUGGGAGAACCAUCGGCUGAGGGGCUAUCGGACAAUCAAAUCCAGGUUAGCCGCAGGUUUGGUAUGGCAACCUCAGGAGGGCUCUUCUCGUGGGGUACGUAG